CCCUUCCACGUCGACCUGCACCCUCGCCAUAUUUUCAAUCGUGUUGAGAUCCGCAGCCUGGUUUGCCACCAAGUUGAACCGGAGAAGCUCUCACACAAGGCAGCAUAAAGCCUGAAAAGGUUCUCUUUACGAGCAAAAAGGCACGCCUGCGUUAGCUUCCUAGCUGUGUCCGUCAGUUCCUCCUGCAACCAUGAACGUCUUCAGACUGACAGGGGACCUCUCUCAUCUGGCUGCUAUCAUCAUCCUGCUGCUCAAAAUAUGGAAAAGCAGGUCGUGUGCAGGUAUCUCUGGAAAGAGCCAAAUCCUGUUUGCUAUUGUGUUCACCACGCGCUACUUGGAUCUGCUCACCUCUUUCAUCUCCCUCUAUAACACAUGCAUGAAGGUGAUCUACAUCGGCUGUUCGUAUGCCACAGUCUACCUGAUCUACAUGAAAUUCAGGGCCACCUACGAUGGCAACCAUGACAGUUUCAGGGUGGAGUUCCUGGUUGUUCCUGUUGGAGGUCUCGCUGUUCUCAUCAACCACGACUUCUCUUUCCUAGAGAUCCUUUGGACAUUCUCCAUCUACCUGGAGUCGGUGGCCAUCCUGCCUCAGCUCUUCAUGAUCAGCAAGACCGGCGAGGCGGAGACGAUCACCACCCACUACCUGUUCUGCCUGGGCCUGUAUCGAGCUCUCUAUCUCUUCAACUGGAUCUGGCGUUACUACUUUGAGGGCUUCUUUGACAUGAUCGCCAUUGUGGCUGGUGUGGUCCAGACUGUCCUCUACUGUGACUUCUUCUACCUUUAUGUCACCAAAGUGUUGAAAGGCAAGAAGCUGAGUCUGCCGGCGUAAAACGUAGAGGAGGAGACGGCGACUCCCAGCAGACUCAGGGGGGUGUGGAGAUGACAUCUUGGAAUCUCGUGACCUUUAGCAAAGGAUGCCUGAGACAGAGAGCCAACUAAUGGGGAAAAACACUAGUCUUCUUGAUGGUUGCUGAUGGAACUGGUAAAUGCCAACAAACACCAGAGCUGAACAAAGAUCAUCCCAGAUCAACCUUUGGAUUUCUGUGUUCAGCAUCUUGCCUUAAACUUCUUUUCAUCGCUGUUCAAAUAGGAGAAAAGGCUCUUUUUUUCUUGUUUUUUUUUUUAUUUUUAAUUUUUUACAUGUGAGGUGUAUACGCUUAUUUUUUUCUUAUUAUUUUUAUAAUGUCACAAAUAGGGUCGACUCUGAGAAGUACCUUGUUUGACUUGGUAAUGAAAUGCACAAAUGUACAGUCUUAUUAAAGCGUGAGAUAAAGAAUAAUGUAUCUGAGUGCCUGAUGAGGAUUAUGUCCAUUUUCUCAGAGUAUUUUUUUUUUUUUUACUUAAGACUUUUUUUUGCCACAAUAAUUGUAUGCAUAUGCUUUAACACAUGUACCCUAUCUUGGAAACAUUUAAAGAGGCCAUCACACGUAUCAGUUUUAUAAAAACAUUGCUUUCUAAAAUUGCUUAAGACAACAUUUUAAAAAGAUUUUUCUCUCUUCUAACAAUCAGAACUUUUUUGUAAGUAGAACUUAUUAGUUUAAGAGGUAACCCAUAAAAUACUUAAAUGCCAGCAGUCUUUUUGUCGUAGGUGUCAGUAUUUUCAAAUGUGGGUACCUCAUUUGCAAUUAAACUUUUAAUGUGGUCUGUUCAGCUUACUGUACUGAAGAAGCUAAAAUGCAUCAAUUGUUCUACAGCUUUAAUAUAGAUUUCAUACAAUCUUAGAACUAUGCUACAUCACAUUUUGGAUGUAGAUACAGCACAAACUUAGUUUCUGUCAUUAUCGCAAACGCAUGAACACCUUCCCACAGUCAGUUAUCACAAGGUUGAAGUCGCUGACGUCAGAGUAAAGCAAUAAUGAAUGACUGAACAAUGAUUACACUUAAAUGCCGGGAUGAGAAGUGUUGAUAUUGACAGAUAUUGGACACGAGAAUCCUCCAGCACUUUGACUGGUUGUUACAUUUCAGUUGUUUACUGAAGGUCUAGAUUGUGAACAAUUCAACACAUCUGGAAUUAUGCUGCUCAGUAAUUGAGUAGAGGUUGACAUGGUGUUCAGUGGGUGCAUUUCUAUUCAAUUUAAAGGCCUCUUGUUAACUUUUUCAAAUUUGCCAUUCCUAAAGGGUAAUUUCAACUUUUUAUGUCUUUUUUUUGCAUGAUAUCACCUCCAUUAAAGGUUUUAUGAGAAUCAA